AUGCUGCGCAACGGGGCGGCGGGCGGCGGCGGGGCCGCGGCGGGCGGCGGCGGCCCCCGGCCCGUGCGCGUCUGGUGCGAUGGAUGCUAUGACAUGGUGCACUACGGCCACUCGAACCAGCUGCGCCAGGCGCGGGCCAUGGGCGAUUACCUGAUCGUUGGGGUCCACACCGAUGAGGAGAUUGCCAAGCACAAGGGUCCCCCCGUCUUUACACAGGAGGAGAGGUACAAAAUGGUGCAGGCCAUCAAGUGGGUGGAUGAGAUUGCUCCUGGAGCUCCUUAUGUCACCACGCUGGAAACCCUGGACAAGUACAGCUGUGACUUUUGCGUGCAUGGGGAUGACAUCACCUUAACUAUCGAUGGCAAGGACACCUAUGAGGAAGUAAAGACAGCAGGGCGAUACAGGGAAUGCAAGCGCACCCAGGGCGUGUCCACCACUGACCUUGUUGGCCGCAUGCUGCUUAUGACCAAGGCUCACCACAGCAACAUAGAUGAGGACCUAGACUAUCGGAAGCACACUGACAACUUUGGGAAGGGGCCCAAGGGUCACAGUCCCUGGACUGGUGUCUCGCAGUUCCUGCAGACAUCCCAGAAGAUCAUCCAGUUUGCAUCAGGGAAGGAGCCCCAGCCAGGAGACACCAUCAUCUACGUGGCUGGAGCCUUCGACCUGUUCCAUGUUGGCCACGUGGAUUUCCUGGAGAAGGUUCACCAGUUGGCAGAGAAGCCCUACAUCAUUGCUGGGCUGCAUUUCGAUCAGGAGGUGAAUCGCUACAAAGGGAAGAACUAUCCCAUCAUGAACAUCCACGAGCGAACCCUCAGCGUCCUGGCCUGCAGGUAUGUCUCAGAGGUGGUGAUUGGAGCUCCCUACGCUGUCACUGCUGAUCUGCUGGAUCACUUCAGGGUGACGCUUGUUUGCCAUGGGAUGACUGAGGUGGUGCCGGACAAGGACGGUUCUGAUCCAUAUGAGGAACCAAAGCGACGUGGCAUUUUCCAGCUGGUGGACAGUGGCAGCAAUCUCACCACAGAUCUAAUUGUGCAAAGAAUCAUCAAGAACAGGCUGGAGUUUGAAGCUCGCAACCAGAAGAAAGAAGCCAAAGAGCUGGCUGUGCUGGAGGCCAUGAGGAGGCUGGAGCAGGAGAAGCACUAGGCUGCAGAGGGGCGUGUGUGAUCCACCGAGAGCUGCAGCUUCACCCUCUGCGAGAGCAGCUGCUCCAUAGGAAAGGAGCCCUGACGGGGGCAGCCCUGCUGGCACGCAGGAUGUGCUGCCCUAGCUCCUCCUGCACUAAUUACGCAGACAUAACGAGUUGGGAUUCCGUUGCCUAGUUUUAUCUCCGUUAAUCAGUCCCUGUCCCUUUUCCCAGGAGGAGAUUUGACAAAACAAAAAGGUUUUAAUUAUAACUAAUGUUUUAACA